AGCGCAGGGGGGCGGAUGGACACAGUAGUGACUCACGGACUCAGCACAGCUCUGCGAGGAGGAAAAUACGGAGGGGGAUAUUGCGCAACAUACAAGUUCCGACGCCUUCAAAAUAAUGCGAGAUCUGAAAAUACGCAUCUUAACAUAUUAAAGGAGAAAGAGCGAGCAAGGCUUCGCUGUGGUUCGGAGCAUCACAUUUUGGGGGCAAAGAUGACAUUUCCAACGGACGAUGAUGAUGACCUGGACGUGGAUGCUCUACGGCUUGCAGCCCUUCAAUCACUUAAAAAGACAGUGGCUCCACCUGCUCAGAACUCAAGUUCAUUAUCUACAGUCCACAAUGUCGCCUCAGGUCCUCGUGUCAUGUCAAAAUUAGGACCUAACCAGCACCCAAACAGAGGCCGUGGUAGAGGGGUCCCAAAUAGGCGAGGGGGAAGGGGAAGAGGAGGUUUCCAAAAUUUUGGAAACAAUCAGAACUUUUUUCCAAGACCAUCAGGAAAUAGCAAUCUCAUCACUAUAGUUCCAACUGUUCCUGAUGAUCCUGACACAGCCAUGGAAUCUCAGCAAUCAGGACUUCGUUCAAUGCCUUGCUCAACCAAUAAGGCUGCUGUUAAUUCUUCAUCUAAUGCAGAAGAAAAAGUUCCCUCCAAAUUUAGUAGACUUGACGACAAUUCAGAUUCUGAAGAAUCAGAUGACGAUCCUCACAUCAAUGCAGAAUCUGAUGCUGAUUCAAGUGGAGAAGAUGAGGAUGAUAAGGAAAGUGGUGUCAAGGGUGCUGCCAGUGAUUCAGAAUCUGAAAAGGAUCCUGAUUUUGUAUCGCUACAACAUGAAGAGGAUGAAGAGGAUGAUAACAGUUUGGAAAAAUUGAUGCGGGAACUGGAAGAUGAAAUUAGUGAAACCCCUAAAGACGCUAAAAAGCCUGUAGUAUCUGUGAAAGACAAACCAAAAACCGAUAAAUUAUCCAGGGUUAAAAAGACUAAAAAGGUUAAGCCAAAGAAGAUCAAGAAUCAGGAAGCCAUUUUUACAGAUGAUCAUUUGAGCACUGUGUCAUCUACGGAUGUACCUGAUGGUCCUGGUAACUCAAGAACUGACAAACAAUUGAGUCUUGAUUCCCAGAAAAAUAUGUCAACGUCUCCAACCAAUAGAGAAUCCUUAAGGAGGGUUGUAUCCCCACGGGUAACUUCACCAUCAAACCAAAGACUGCCUCCACUGUCAUCAGUCUCUCAACGAGCUGUAUCUCCCCUGGCAGCCAGAUCUCCAGUUAAGUCAAGAUCUCCUCUCAGAGUGAGAUCACCCCGGAGAUCAAGAUCACCGACUCUUGUCAAGUCUAGAUCACCACAGAGGCUGAGAUCGCCACUUAGAUCAAGAUCACCAAGGAGAUCCAGGUCUCCCCUCUUGUCUAGGUCUCCUAGGAGAUCGCCUCCCAGAAGUCAUUAUCCUGCACGCUCUCCUAACUAUGCACCCCGGUCUCGCUCUCGCUCUCCUUACAGAUCUCCACGCAGGUCUCCUCAUUAUCUGGCCAGGCCUCACUCUCCUGGAAGACUGCCUCCAAUUCGCAGUCGUUCAAGGUCUCCCAGGUACCGAUCGAGGUCUCCUGUACGAGCCAGAUCAAGAACUCCUCUUGGUGCCCUGCGUCGUUCUCACACUCCUAGUCGUCGCCAGUCUCCAUUUAGACGUUCGCGAUCGCCUGGAGGUCGACUGUACUCAUCGAGGCGCUCCCGAUCUAUUUCUCCUCGUGUCCCACUUGGCUCGAGACGAUCUCCAUCCCCUCGGAGGAGGUCUCCCUUGUACCUGAAGAAACUGUCUCCCAAACGUCGCUCUAUUUCGCCUCGAAGAAGGUCACUUUCGCCGAGAAGACGAUCAGUCUCUCCUAAGAGACGGCCCCUUUCUCCAGGAUGGAGUCGGCAGUCCCCACCAAGAAAUAGGAGUCCAGUGGGAUCAUUCAACCAAAGGCCACUUUCUCCUCGUCGCAGAUCACCUUAUGGUGAUACAUACUCAUCUAGGAGGUCGCCUAGUCCAGUACUCCGGAAGUACACACCUCCUGUUUCACACAGAGCAGGGUCACCAGUAAGGAAUUACCGAUCACCCUCACCUAUGUCUCGUCCUGGGACAAGAAGAAGGUCUCCUGCUCCAGUUACAGCACCACUCAGACGUUCUUCUCCUCAGCACAGAGCACCAUCACCAGUUCACAGGCAUUCCUCUCACACACGUGGUGUUGGAUCUCCUAGUCGUAUAAGAGACAAACCAAGGCAGAUAUCGCCUCCUCCUGCAGUGUCAAGAAACAAUCAGCGUAUUCCAUCUCCAAAGAGACAACGUUCUCCUGUGUCACAUGUGCGUGGUCACCAUAGUAAAAUGAGUCCUGUUCGGAAAGUGUCUCCCAAGAGAUCUCGUUCACCUCCAAAGGAAACUGUUGUUCUUUCUACUGUUAGAGGUGCAAGUCCAAUUGACAGUAUCAGUCUUAGUCCUUCUCCAGAGCGCCAGCCUGUUACCAAACUUGAAGACAGGAGUAGAGCCAGGAAAUCACAUCCUUUGUCGGAAGGCCUGGGAGAUACCAAGAGGUCACGCUCUGAUUUAAGAAAUGUUUUGCCACGUAGGAAAGAUGUGCCCAAAGAUACUGAUGCAAGUUCUUCAACUCGUGAUGAGGAAUCAAAGAAGGAACGCAAAGAACGCAGAAGAGCCAAACGAGAGCGAGAAAAGCAAAAGAGAGAAUCUCAAGGUGCCAAUCAUGUUCUUGAGGCCAGAAGACGAAAAUUCGAAUCAAGCCAGCCUGUGGAAGUUUCUGGUGGCAAAAAGAUUCGUCUUCGGAACAUGGUAUCUGAGCCAACAGAUCUUGAAGAGGAGGAGGAAGUCAAGGAUGCAGAACUGAACAUUGAGAAAGAAAAGGAAAGAGAGCUAAAAGAAGUUAAUGAUGUAGAUGAGAGUAUUCUAGAUCGUGAACUCAUGGGUGGAGUUGAUCUGUUGUGGUCGGAUGAGGAAGAAAUGGAUGAGGAAGAGGAAUCAAAUGUUAAACCUGCCCCUACCUCUAGCAAUGUUCAGUUUAAGCGUACUUUCAAUUUAUCUUCAUCUGGAACUGGCAAAGAAAAUAUACCUGAUGAUAGUAAUGAUUCUAAAAAAGAUGAGGAUGAGGAACCUACAAGCACCACUGGUUCACCUAUUGGCCACCAGAUCAGAGAAGAUUCAGAUCAAGGAGAAUGUGAUGAAGCUGAUAGUGAUUUUAGUGGGGACAAUGAGCACAGAGAGGAAAGAGAUGGUCGGGAAUCUUAUCCUAAGACAAAUAGAGAGCUUAAAGAAUACAUCUUAAGCCAAGCCAAAGGUUCUGCUGCUCCUGUCCGUCUUCUUAAAAUGACUGUUAAAGAAGUACCCAACAAAUGCAAAUCUAAUGAGUCGGAUGAUCUGAGAGCUGAGCUCAGUCGUAGACGUGCAGAAAGGCAAACCAAGGAUACCAAGGUGUCGAGUUGUUCUGAGGCCUUGCCAGGAAGACUCUUACAGUCUGCUCUUCAAGGAGCUGGAGUGAAAUCACGCAGGGACAAAGUUCAUCGGAGGAGGACACCAACAUCAUUUGAAGAUGAGUAUGACAAACAAGAGAGUGAAGGGCGUCGGGUGCUGGUUUUAAGAAGGGCAACAGAGCAGAAGGAGCCUGCUAUCAACAUCACCAUAUCCAAAGUGGAAUCAACUAAAGAAAGCAGCUCAGUGAAGAUUGGUGGCAAACUUCCAAUUCAUUUAAGGCUUGGAACAGGCAAGAAAGGAGAUGACAGUCCGAAAAAGGUGAAACUUAAACGCAACAUCACUGUUGGGAGGAAAAAUCAGGUAUUGUGUGUUUCUAACAUAAUAUUAUGCUUACUGAGGUUUAUGGUGCUGUUGCAUGCUUUUGGAUUAGAACAGCCCAUUUCAUGUGGUAAGUCUAGGUUAAUCUAUGGGCUCACUGACCACCAAGCUUACUUCAUACAGAGCUAUUCAGUAUCUACCAGUUUCUUUUUGUCAGGAUAGAUUGCUAUCCUAAAUCAAACAGAACUUCUUUUUUGUCACUGUUGUUUGCUUUGCACUUUACUUUCAGACAAUUAGCUAGACAGCUGAUUAGCAUCUAAAUUUUUGAUAAAGACUGUUGAGUAUUUAGAUCUAUCACAGAACCAGAAAUGUUGUGAACUAAAAGACUGAGUGUUGGUCAGCUUUUGCUUACAUAAGCAAGGGAUUCACUUCUUUCAUUUUGAUUUCUGUGUCAGAAUUUGUCUAAACCUAGCAAUCAGACUUCAGGCUUGUAUCUUUGGGGUCCAAAAAGUUCUCUUUCCUAGUACAAAGAAGCUACUGUACUUCUCUGAAGUUGUAGUACCUACAUGAAACAAAUGAGUAGCCCAUAAAGAAAAGAACUUGUUUUCUUUAUCUAAUUAUUUCCUAGUAUUGUAGUAUUUUGUGUUUAUUCCUUGAAUUAAUUUCACAGUUUAGAGUUGAAGCUCUUAACCAAGUUUAAUGGCUGUUAUUUAUUUCCACAUUUUCUUGCCUUAUUUUUUUGUCUGGCUGUUUCUGAGCAGUCACAUUUUCUGUACUUCCUUUUUUUACUUUCUUAAUGUUUUUGCUCUGUGAUAUACUGGAUUCUAUUUCAGCAGGAUUUUGAAACCAGAGUUGUGAUUGCAUGUAUUCUAUUAUUGCAGAACUGAAUUAUGUUUUUGACAACCUUACUAGAAAUGUAUGCAAGGGUCUAAAACCUAUUUCAUAUAUCUUAUCUUUGAUAUCUACACAAAGCAAUUUGUUGUGCUUUUCUCAAAACAAUGAAUGUGUUUGUCUGUGUGUGUGUGCAAACCUCAGGGUUGCUGCAAACAAAAAAUAUUCAGAUAGAUGUACCGUACAAAAGCAAGGAAAGGAGGAAAUUUGGGAUUUGUUUAGGUCUGAAUGUCCUUUACAGGUUAGGUCAUUUACAGUACUUCCAUCUUCAAUGCUCAUGACAAAUACUAUAAAGCUAUGUUUUCCAUCAGGUCUUAGGAUAGGAUUGUGUUUUUUUUUACAGAAAUUUGUAAGUUCAUGUUCAUGGCAUUUGAAGCAAUAAUUUUGUGGCAACCCUGAUGUGUCGAAUCAAUAUUUUCUGCAGGUCAUGUUAUGAGCACCUAAAAUUGGUAAUUGAUAUCUAAAUUUUAAAUUUUGAAGUGUGAAUUUUUAGACAGUUUUACUAAAGUUAGAGACCAUGUUAUGUAGUGCCAAACAUAUUUGUUAAUUGGUGCCUUACUUUCUCAGAGUGCAUUUGUUAAACUUCAACUUCUGAUAGAUUGAUCUUUCUCCUUAAUCUUAAAGAUAAAUAUGUGAUAAAGAUUAGAAUUGAAAAAACAAAGAAAUUCUUACAUAUUUGCUUAAAGUUUUAGUUAACUAAAGAUCUGUUUCUUUUGGAGCCUUAAUUUUCUCUGGCUCUCUAUAUUCAUCUUGUUUUUCUAUCUCAAAGUUAGAGGCUGGCUAUAUAUUUCUUACAAAGUAUGUGUUGACCAGGAUAUAACUACACAAGGUUUUUCUUAGGUUGUAAUUGAAAUGUGGCAUUGUUAUUUAUGUUUUGCAUUCAUACCAUACGAUACGAGUAUGGUUCAUUGAAUGCAGCUUGCCUUUUUUUGUAAUUGCUAAGCUCAAGUGGUAAUUUUAUCACUAAGUUUGUGCCUAAUGACUAAAAAAAGGUGAUAUGGAAAUUGCAAAUGUACAGUUUUGAUAUAACAUUUUUAUCAACAUGUUGCCCUGUAUGUUCUAAUGUAUUUGUGUGCAACACUCAUAGUAGUUUUUUGUCAGGCUAUGAAAUUUCCUUUAUCUCUAAAUUGUUACUAUGGACUAGCUUGAUCUGGUCUCAACAUACUCUUGCACAAUCUACUUAUUCUUUAAUUCUUUCUUUCUGAAGGGAAAUUGCGCAAUAGCACAUGAGAUAGGUCUCAUGGAAAUCCUCAUUGUUCGUAGUUCUUUUGGUGUGAGGUAUUGCAGCAAAACUAACUUGCUGUAAAGUUUGUCUUGCAUAGCAACCUCACCAAAAGUCAUUAUGUAUCAAUCUAUUUAUCUUGUCUGCUUUUCAAAAAGAACAUAUCUUUGUGACUAAUUUUCUGGAUUGAUCAGCAACCGUAUUUAAAGCAACCCUCAACUCUUAGUUCAGCUUUGUAGAUUGUCUGCCACACUUAGAAAUACUACUAUUUAAACCUAUUAAUCCCUGGUGUAGCAGUAAAUAAACUAAUCUAAAAUUUCCAGGUCUUUUGUAUGCAGUGUUUGUAGAUUUGUAAAUAUGUAUGUCUGUAUCAAGUGGAGUUUUGUGCCACCACACUUGCAAAUAAGUUUGAGCUCCCUUUUUUUUUCUUUUCUCCCCUCACUGUGAUAACUGUAUGAGUGAAAAUGCAUGUGUCGAAUGUUUUGUCUCCUUUCAUUGAGAGGUCAUUUGAUUCACUACCAUGAUAUUUGUUUAACUGUAUUGUGGGCAUUCCUUUGUGGUAGUCCUGGUCAACUCAUUUAUCAAUCAAUGUUUUAAAAAAGAACAUGGCAUUGCCAGCCAAUAUCUUACAUAUAAUGAUACUCUAGUAAAAGUUUUAUUGAACCUGCACUCUUUUUAAAUUUGAGGUUUUGUGCUGAAUUUGUCAGCUUUUGACUGUUUGUGCUAAACGAUGGGAUUAUUUGAACUACCAGUAAUUUUCUGGGAUCGUCUACUUAGUUUUAUUUUGUUUUGUUUCUUUUGUUAUUUUUUUCUUCCAAUCUUGAGACAAGUAAUAGAGCAAAGGGCCAAGAGUUCAAAUUAAAAGGGUUACAGUCCCAUUUACUUAUUUUUUACUUGUUUGCUGUGAUAUUUUGUGGACUGAUUUUAAAAAAAGAACUGAUUCUUAUUUUUAAACUAAUCUAACGGUUGAUAUUAACUACACUUCAUGGAAAAUAUGGGGGACUUUUGUGCUAAGUUUACUUUGGAACAACAACUAUAUUCUUCUAGUUGCCAUAACUACUCUCUUAGAAGUGCCAUUUUUUGGCUCUUCUCUGUCAAGUCAGUAUUGUCUUAGAAUUAGUACAUGUUUAAUAUUUAUCUUUUCAGAACUUGUGAUUCCAAUCGUACCUGCUGUGAUACUGGGUUAAAUUUGUAUUAUUAUGGCUGUGUGCACAUUUUUAAUUGUUUCUUCUUUUGAGAGAGCCUACUUCCCAUUCUGUUUUGCAUUGUGAUUUGGAAACAAGCCAAAAUACUAUUGUGAGAGAUUGCUUGUUUACAUUUCCUUUGAAGAAGACUCAAGAAUAAUACAUCUGGAGCAUAGCAUUUUACUUUGUUUUUACCCAGCGUUAUAUAAAGUAGGGACAUGACUGUAUCAAGUACAACUUUCUCCAUAUUGAAUUUAUCCUCUUUCAUAUGAUUUUUGUACCAGAAUUGUUAUGUUAUUGCUUCAGGUGUUUAUUUCUUGAAUCACAAAGUUGGGAGUGGCUUUAAUUUAAAAAAAAAAAGGAAGAAAAAGGAAAAAAAGAAAAAAAAAGAUGGUGAUGAAAAAGGGGGGCAAGGAAAAAAAAGAAAGUGAAAACAAAAGUGAUACUAUUGUGCACACACUAAAGCCAUCUAAUUAACAUUUGUAAUUUUUUGUGAAUUAAUUAGUUGUUUCUUCUGUGAAUGGCAUUGUUCAGGUGUAACCUGAUGACCGCUCCCACCUGUCUUAAUGCAAAGAAGAAACAUGCAAUGAGUGAUAUCUUCUGUGUGACUACAAGCAAACUUCUUAAAGACUGGUCUAGCAUAGAAGUUUGCUCAUUCAAGUCCUUGGAAAGGAGUCAUCAACGGAAGCCUAAAAGUGCUGAUGGAAAGAAAGACUAUGAAUUAUUUUGCUGUGUUCUUUAUUUUUCUAUGAUUGUGAUUUUAUUUUGGUGUUCUGACUUUAAAAAUUGUUUAAAAGUACUAGAAUUGUUAUUCCCCUGAUAUUUUUCAAAUGCUCGGUUUUUGAUUAGGUUUGAAGUGUUAAUGGUUAUCAAAUAAAAGUAUUGUCCCUGAACUGGAUUAAUAUCAUAUAAUGUUUGCUGUGUAAUAUUUCCUGAUUUUACUUAAAAAUGGAGCAAUCCUAGUCGUUAUUAAUUUAGAGUACCCUAUUUUCCAUUCAUCCCUCUUAACUAGCAUUCACUUUUUUAAUGUGAGUGUUUCCUAUCCAUUUCAUUUGUUUAGCUGUGUUACAUAUUUGUUGUACAGUUAAUUUUAUUGAUCUCGUUACCCAUAAAACUUUCAUCAUUAAUUAUCAAAGGAAGUCCUGAAAAUAAUAUUGCAUGUAACCUGUUACAUCGUUUUGAAAUUAUGUAUUAUGUUCAUGUUAGGAUAUUACAGGGUGUAAAAAAUAUGUACAUUUGUAGAAUGUAAAAAUUAUACUUUUCUAUUGAAAUGA